AUGACUAUGGCUCUGUCUUUGAUCAAACCGACUUUGGAGAGAGAAGAGAGAGCCGUGGGAAAAAUACGGAGAUGGAGGAAAGGGUUAAAUGCGCAUAGAGAACUCUCCACGUACCCUCAGUCCGUAGGUGGCCAGGGGACCAAUGAUCGAGAUGAAUUUUCCCUAUUUCCUUUUGCUUUUUCCCUCUUGAGGCUCAUCGCUUCCCGUAACGAGAAAAGCCCAAGAAAUAGACUGACUAGAAUCAACUGUUUGAGCUUGAAUGGGCCCAAAAGGAUAAGAAAAGGGGCAAGUGGAACCCCAGUGCUAUCAUGCCAGCACAGUUGCUUUGACAAAGGCAUGCGGAUUCAGAGGGGGAGAAGAGGAAGGAGAACCUUAAUAGAAAUUUGCGAGUCUUGCAGGAGCUGGCCAAGGGCAACCCCACUUGUGCCGCCGCGAUACCUUCGCCAUUCUGACCAGCAUAAUCCUAUCAUAUCCAACCCUUCCUCCCCGCCAGAGAUCCCCAUAAUCGACUUGCAGAGCUCAAUUUCCGGAAAUUCAAUGAAUUCUGAGCUUGGGAAACUCUACUGUGCAUGCCAAGAUUGGGGCUUCUUCCAGAUUAUCAAUCAUGGAGUUAGCUCUGAGAUGGUGGAGAAGGUGAAGGGAGAAGUUGAGGACUUGUUUUAUCUGCCACUACAAGAAAAGAAGUACUGGCAAGAGCCAGCCGAUGCGCAGGGAUUUGGACAGCUAGGAUCAGAAGCUUGA